CUUGCCGUGUUGUGCUUUUUCUUUUUAGAAGCAGGUCUGGUAUAGCGGAGUGUCAUUCCCGCGCAGCCCCUUCCAGCGUUGUCCUUGGGAGAGGAAGAGGGACGAGAAGAACCCCUGGAACGGAACCCGUGGAAUUACCCAGGUUUUGAGUUAAGAAAGACUCACCUGGGUUCGAACCUUAUGCUUCAGCUAGCUAAGACAAACUAGUGAGGGACAGCUAUUUUCCAGUUUUUCUGGAGAAAUGCAAAGUCCUCUUUUCUUAAGACAAAUGAGGUUCAGCUUUUUUUGUGUUGAAAACUGAAAAAUUGAAAAGCGCUGGUCUCGUCCACAACUGUCAGUGUUCUGUCCUGUUAUCCAGUAGAGGUCACCCUUGAGCAUCUGGAAGAGAGAACAGAUUGUUGAGCUGUGCAAGCAUUCCAAAAGGUUUGGGCUACCUGACCAUUAUGGCACCAAGAAACCUCUUGUGUAUGAGAAGUAACUUUCUCUUUGGUUCAAGAUGUUGGAUGAUCCGAUUUUCAGCAGAAAUGCUCUUUAAGUCAGUUUCAUUUAGGCUUUUUCGUGUGAAGUAUGAUAAUACAGACACUGAGCCUUUGGAGAAUGAAAAACUACUGAAUAACUUACUUACUAUGGGAGUAGAUGUUGACAUGGCGAAGAAACGACAGCCUGGAGUUUUCAAUAGGGUAGGUACUAACGAGCGGGACUUGAAGAUGUUCCUUCUGUCCAAAGGCGCUAAAGAAGAAGUGAUUGCUAGCAUCAUAUCAAGAUAUCCACGAGCUAUAACACGCACACCUGAAAGUCUCUCAAAACGGUGGGAUCUGUGGAGAAAAAUUAUGACAUCAGACCUUGAAAUUAUGAAUAUUUUGGAACGUUCUCCUGAAUCCUUUUUUCGGUCCAAUAACAACCUAAACUUAGAGAAUAAUAUAAAGUUCCUCUACUCAGUUGGACUGACCCAUAAAUGCCUUUGUCGAUUGCUGACCAAUGCCCCACGUACCUUCUCCAAUAGUCUUGAUCUGAAUAAACAGAUGGUUGAACUGUUGCAAGAAGUCUGUUUGUCCUUGGGUCACAAUGAUCCCACAGAUUUUGUCAGGAAGAUAAUUUUGAAAAACCCCUUCAUCUUAAGUCAGAGCACCAAACGAGUGAAAGCUAACAUUGAGUUUUUACAGUCAACGUUCAGCUUGAACAAUGAGGAGCUGCUUGUUCUGAUAUGUGGUCCAGGAGCUGAAAUCCUAGACCUUUCCAAUUAUUAUGCCAAAAGGAACUAUACAAAUAUCAAAGAGAAGCUGUUUUCUCUUGGGUGUACUGAAGAAGAGGUACAGAAGUUUGUCUUAAGCUAUCCAGAUGUGAUCUUCUUGGGAGAGAAAAAGUUUAAUGAUAAAAUAGACUGCCUCAUAGAAGAAAAAAUUACCAUCUCACACAUAAUUGAAAAUCCUCGGAUUUUGGAUUCAAGCAUAAAUACUUUAAAAAGUCGAAUCAAAGAAUUGGUAAAUGCUGGCUAUAACUUGAGUACAUCAAGUAUCACUCUUCUGUCUUGGAGUCAAAAAAGAUAUAAAGCUAAACUGAAAAAGUUAAACAUUGGAUAGAACAUUGCUCUGGGGAAUUAAAAAACAUCUUAUAAUGUAAUGAUAUCAUUUCAUUUUGAAUUUGGGCUUUUCAAAAAGGAAAGGUUUGAUUUCUUAACCACAUACACAUAUAUAAUGAUCCUUCAGAUAUUUUAUUUUAAAGGUUCAUAAAAACUCAUGGUCAGUAUGCUCAAGUAUAGUCUUCCCAGCUACCUUUUCUCUAAUUUGAAUUAAUACAACAUCUGAUUAUGUGAUACAGGCUGUGGCUGCUGUAUGAAUAGUAGUUCCUGAGUGCCAAGGCAGAACAAUGUGUAGAAAGAUGGAAAGUACAAAAUAAGCCUUUUUUGGUUUCUGUUCAGAUUAAAAAAUGAACAGAUUCAUUUAGAUAGUUCUGUUUCCUCUCAUGGUUUUGAAUGGCAGCCUAUUUCUCCUGUUAUUCCCAUGUAUCUAAUUAUGGUUCAUCUUCGAAACAGAAUGCCAGUAA